UGCAGGCCAUGUGACUACCUUUCUACAAUCGACUGGAUCGGCUCGCUCGACUCAGUCGAUUCAGUGGAUGAGAAAUAUGAAAUGUUCCUUGCAAUAUUGGAUGAUGUCAUCAAGAGGUCUGCAUCUGCAAACUGGAAGCUUGAGAAAGCGUUAAUCAAAUAUUAUUCUAAUCUUGAGGACAAGUUUACGAAAACCAAGGACGCUUCCAAGCUUUACAGUCGAAACCGCUUUGCUAGUAUCUUUGAAUGA